GCCUCAGCCACCCCCUCCUCCUCCGCCGUCGCCACCUCUUCUUCUUCUUCUUCUUCCUCCUCCUCUAGCAGCAGCACGGGAGGUCGCGUCGAGAUUGUCAACAACCUGAACCACACGAUCUACGCCUGGUCCGUCUCCAACACGCAGGGCGAGAUGCAAACCCUCGUCCCCUCGGGCGGGACCUUCACCGAGAGCUGGCGCACCAACCCCGACGGCGGGGGUAUCUCGAUCAAGCUCUCCUCCACCCAGGAAGUGAGCAAGGUGCUGCAGUUCGAGUACACGGCGGAAACCGAGACCGUGUGGUGGGAUCUCUCGUGCAUCAACAUGGACGAGAACUCGUGGUUCACCGAGUAUGGCUUCUCCGCGGUGCCGAGCGUCGAGUCGUGCCCCUCGGCCAAGUGCGCGGCCGGCGACUCGGAUUGCUCCGAGGCGUAUCAGAAUCCCGAUGAUGUUGAUACCUUGAGUUGUUCGGCGGAGGCGGUGAUUAAGUUGGUUCUGGGGUGA